AUGGCCUGCCGAACCUCAUCUUCUAAACGUUCCAGCAGUGGGCCCGUUCUCCCCAUCUCUUCCCCCUUCCGCCGCUCCCGCUCCCCCUCCGGCCGUUUUUCCUCCGACCUGUCUUCCUUCAAUUCAUCCUCCACCUCCAGCUUCUGUUCCUCCACCUCCUCCAGUUUCUUCCACCGUUCCGCGUCCCCCACGCGCGUCAAUCUCCAUGGAUUCGCUCCUAUCUCCCCCACCCCCUCCGUCCGCAUGUCCAUCGAGAGAUCUAGCUCCCCGCGGCGCUCCGUCGCCAUCUCCUCCUCCCAUCCGGUGGUCCGUAAGCCGAGCAGCUGCAUCAAGCGCACCUGCCUCUGUUCUCCCACCACCCAUCCCGGAUCCUUCCGGUGUAGCUUGCACAAGAACUGUGCCAGUUCGCCGGCGCCGUCGGGGAAUCAGUCGCCGUCCUACUCCUUGAAGAACCUGACUAUUCAGAGAUCGGCCAUGAAGAAUUCGCUGGUGCGGAUCGGCACGGUGGAAGGCGAUCUGGUGAAGCGAGCGCUGGCGGCGUUGAUUAGACCGUCAUCGCAUCAGAUUCGGCGCCGAGGCGAUUUCCAGAGGAGACCUAGCCGGCUGUCAGUGAUGUCCAAAGCCGCCGCCGAAGAUCCCUCGGCGGCGGGCAGACAGAUCUCAGAGACCGGCGGUUCCCUUUUUGUAUUGUACUCCGGCGAUUUCUUCAUUUCCUGUAUUGAUCCACUGAUUACAUCACCAUCACGUGUUGACGUAUUCUGUUUGACCCGUUCGCCGUCCGUCCAUUGGUUGUAUCUGGUCGGGGUCCGUGCGUUCAGCUUCGUGUUAAAGGCAGGAACAAAGGCAUUGAGGCUUGGCGUGGAAGAUGACGAAAGAAUUCAAAGAAGGAGAUGUUCUCCAUUGUUAUAUUGCAACUUGGAAGUGGAUGGGGGUCUAACCACUGAAACUGAAACACCCUCUCCAGAGUCCGGAGAUGAUGAUGGCGGAAUAAAUGGGUACUACUACAUCCAUUCUUGGACUUGA